AUGCACCAGUCCAGCAUCGAUGGGGUGGAGGACAUGUCAGCACUAGCUGAGCUGCAUGAGGCCGCCAUCAUGCACAACCUGUACCAGCGCUACCAGAAGGAUAACAUCUAUACUAAUAUCGGCAGCAUCCUGGCAGCUGUCAACCCCUACAAGCAGAUCCCAGGUAUGUAUGACCCCGAGAGGGUGGACCUGUACUCCAAGCACCACCUAGGGGAGCUCCCUCCGCACAUCUUUGCCGUGGCCAAUGAGUGUUACCGCUGCAUCUGGAAACGCCACGACAGUCAGUGUGUCCUCAUCAGUGGUGAAUCAGGGGCAGGGAAAACUGAGAGCACUAAACUGUUGCUUCAGUUCCUUUCGAUGAUGAGCCAAAAUUCAGCCGGGACUCCACCAUCUGAGAAAAGUACACGAGUGGAGCAGGCCAUCGUACAAAGCAGCCCGAUCAUGGAAGCAUUUGGUAAUGCUAAGACUGUUUAUAACAACAACUCCAGUCGCUUUGGGAAAUUCAUCCAACUUCACUUCUCUGAAGUCGGCAACAUCCAAGGAGGCUGCGUCAUUGAUUAUUUACUGGAAAAGAACCGAGUGGUACGACAAAACCCUGGAGAACGAAAUUACCACAUCUUCUAUGCUCUACUGGCAGGAGCUAACAAGGAGCAUAAAAGCCUCUACUUCCUGGAGGACCCUCCUGAAUCGUUCCACUACCUCAGCCAAUCAGGGUGUCUGAAGGACAAGAGCCUGAAUGACAAAGAACUUUUCAACAGUGUUAUGGAGGCGCUGAAAGUGUUAGAGUUCACUGAGGAGGAGAUCAGAGACAUGUUUAAGCUACUGUCAGGAGUCUUACAGCUGGGAAACAUCGAGUUCAUGACUGCAGGAGGAGCCCAGAUCACCACCAAGCAAGUGGCCAGUAAUGCCAGUGAGCUGCUGGGCCUGGAUGCCUUCCAGCUGUCUGAAGUCCUGACUCAGCGCUCCAUAAUCCUCAGAGGAGAGGAAAUAUGCUCCCCACUCACUAUAGAGCAGGCCGUGGAUUCCCGGGACUCUGUGGCGAUGGCGUUAUAUUCCCAGUGUUUCUCCUGGAUCAUCCUGAAGAUCAAUCAGAAGGUCAAAGGGAAGGAAAACUUUAAAUCCAUCGGCAUCCUUGACAUCUUUGGUUUUGAAAACUUUGAGGUGAAUCGGUUUGAGCAGUUCAACAUCAACUACGCCAACGAGAAACUUCAGGAGUACUUCAACAAGCAUAUCUUCUCCCUGGAGCAGCUAGAGUACAACAGGGAAGGUGUCCAGUGGGAUGCCAUAGACUGGAUGGACAAUGCAGAGUGUCUUGACCUUAUAGAAAAGAAACUGGGCUUGUUGGCAUUGGUGAAUGAAGAGAGUCGAUUCCCCAAAGGAACAGAUUUCACUCUGCUUGAGAAGUUGCACAGCAGACACUCUACAAACCCUUACUAUGUCAAGCCCAGACUUGCUGACCAUCAGUUCGGUAUCAAACAUUAUGCUGGGGAGGUCCUAUAUGAUGUUCGAGGGAUCCUGGAGAAGAACAGAGACACCUUCAGAGACGACAUCCUAAACAUGCUCAAGGACAGCAGGCUGGACUUUAUCUAUGACUUAUUUGAGAAGGUCGGCAGCAGGAACAAUGAGGAGAAGAUGGGAACAGCCAGACGCAAACCUACUGUGAGCUCCCAGUUCAGGGACUCCCUCCAUGCUCUCAUGGCCACUCUGAGUGUAUCCAACCCUUUCUUCAUUCGCUGCAUUAAACCCAACAUGAAAAAGAAUCCAAAUGUGUUUGACCCAGAGGUCGUCCUGAACCAGCUGAGGUAUUCUGGGAUGUUGGAAACUGUGAAGAUCCGUCGGGCUGGGUUCCCCGUCCGCAGAACUUUCAAAGAUUUCUUCUCUCGGUAUAAGAUCAUUCUGAAAGACAAGGUACCAGCAGCAGUAGAUGAUAAGAAGAGAAGCACAGACCUUCUAACCAAAUAUGACAAAACCAAGAAAGAGUGGCAGUUUGGCAAGACUAAGGUGUUUAUGAAAGAGUCUCUGGAGCAGCGUUUAGAGAAAGACAGAGAUGAAAUCCGACGCCAAGCUGCCAUGAUAAUUCGAGCCCACCUACUUACUUUCUCUGCCAAGAAGCACUUCAAGCGGGUACGUGCCAGCAUCGUCACCCUCCAGAAACACUUCAGAAAGCACAUCCAACGCAGACGGUUCUUGAGGCAGCGCAAGGCGGCGCUGGUGCUGCAGAGACACAGGCGAGGUCAGGUUGCGCGUUCUCUAGUUCGAAAACUCAGAGAGGAGAAGAAGAAGAAGGAGGAGGAACAGAAGAAGACAGAGGAGGGAGAGAAGAAGACGGCAGGCGACGGGGAGCAGGAGGAAGUGAAUGAAGGAGAUGAGAAAAAAGAUAAAUCCUCUGAGGAAAAUCCUGCUUCUUCAGACGAGGCCCGGCAGAUGGAGGAGAUCCUGCAGCUGGAGCGAGAGAUCGAGCGCUUGCAGAAGAAGAGAGAGGACGAGGUGUCCCAGCUGUGUGAGUCCUCCAAACAGGAGCUUCAGCUGCGCCGGGAUGCUGAGCUCAAACGGAUGAAGAAGGAGGCGUCGCGUAAGGCCACGGAGCUCAUUGACCUCCUGAACUUUGGAGGUGUGGAUCCUUCUCUGGGAGCAUCCGCAUCCAAACCUGCUGCAGAGGCGAAAGCUCCCAAAGCUGCAAGUGCUGCCAGAGAUCCGUCCAAAGAGGAAGAGGUGGACGAGGGGUUUCACGCUGAAGAGGAGUGCAUCCCUCUCCCUGACUUCCCUCCUCCUGCUGAGACAGACACUCCUUUGGAUCAGGAGAUAUUUGCUCACCUUCCUCCUCCCCCGCCUGCUUUUGCAGAGGGGACAGUGCCUCCUGCGCCACCUCCUCCCUCUCCUCUGCCUGCAGACGGCGUGCCUGUAGCUGGAAUUCCUCCCCCUCCUCCUCUCCCUCCACCUGAAGAUGGCUCGGCUGCCCCUCCUCCACCACCACCACCACCGCCCCCUCCCCCAGGAGAGGGAGGCAAAGCAGAGCCGGAAAGGAAGGUGAGUAUGGUGGAGAGCCUCGGCGACGGCGAGGAGCCUAUCUACAGCAUGCCGGCUGAUACAGAGUCAGAUUAUGACCAGGAGGAGGAGGAAGGGUCCGUCACUGCCGGGGACGACAGCUCCGUAUCAGGGAGCAACCGCGGGAGUGCCGCUGUGGCGGACGAGGAGCACCCGAGGAAGUCGACCUGCACCAACGCCAGCAUCGAGUCCUACAGAGGCAGCUCUGACUCUUAUGCAGACAGUGAUGAUGAACAUGACGGCAUGAUGGACACUGAUGAGGAAGUGACUAAUGGCAGAGUAACCCUGUUUAAUGGAAAUGGACCACCAUAUUUUCACGGUUACCUCUACAUGAAGGCUGGUCUGAUGAUCCCAUGGAGGAGGCGUUGGUGUGUGCUGAAGGAUGAAACCUUCAUGUGGUUCCGGUCCAAACAAGAGUCUCUCAAGUCUGGCUGGCUCUACAAGAAGGGAGGAGGCCUCUCCACUCUCUCACGGAGGUUAAACUGGAAGAUGCGCUGGUUUGUGCUGAGGGACAGCAAGCUGAUGUACUACGACAAUGACAGUGAGGAGAAACUGAAGGGAACCAUAGACAUCCGAGCCGCCAAGGAGAUCGUGGAUAAUCAUGAAAAGGAAAACGCUCUGAACAUUGUAACGGAUGAAAGGACCUAUCAGGUGUUUGCUGAGUCACCAGAGGAUGCAAGUGGGUGGUUUAAUGUGCUCAGUAAGGUGCGUGUGUGCACUCCUGAGCAGCUGCUGGAGAUGUCCCAUGAACAGGCUAACCCAAAGAAUGCUGUGGGAACUCUUGAUGUGGGGCUGAUUGACUCUGUUUGUGCUUCAGACAACCCUGAUAGGCCCAACUCCUUUGUCAUCAUUACGGCCAACCGUGUGAUCCACUGCAACAGUGACACGCCAGAGGAGAUGCACCACUGGAUCAGUCUGCUGCAGAAACCCAAAGGAGACGCCAGGAUAGAUGGGCAGGAGUUCCUUGUCAGAGGCUGGCUCCAAAAGGAGAUGAAGACAAAUGCUAAGAGCACCUCCCUGAAGCUGAAGAAGCGCUGGUUUGUUUUGACCCACAACUCCUUGGAUUACUACAAGAGCUCAGAGCGAAACUCAUCGAAGAUGGGAACUCUGGUCCUUAACUCCCUCUGCUCCAUCAUUCAGCCAGAUGAACGAGUGCACAGGGAGACGGGUUACUGGAACAUCAUCGUUUACGGGAGGAAGCAUUCCUACCGCCUUUAUACCAAGAUGCUGAACGAGGCCAUGAGGUGGACCGCUGCGAUACAAGGGGUCAUAGACAGCAAGACCCCCAUAGAAACUCCAACUCUGCAGCUCAUUAGAGACAUCAAGGAGAACAGCGUUAACCCAGACAUCGUGGAACAAAUGUACAGGAGGAACCCCAUCCUCAGAUACACUCAGCAUCCUCUGCAUUCCCCUCUUCUGCCGCUCCCUUAUGGAGAGGUCACCAGCCUACAAAGGCAGCAGGGAUAUGCCAGUCUGCAGGAUGAGGCGGUACGAGUUUUCAACUCACUGCAGGAGAUGGAGACGCUGGCAGACACGGUGCCUAUCAUUCAGGGCAUCCUGCAGACCUGCCAGGACCUGCGCCCUCUCAGGGAUGAGGUAUAUUGUCAGGUGAUCAAGCAGACCAAUCAUGUGCCUCAACCUAACAGCCCAGCCAAUCGGGCACACUGGCAUCUGCUCACCUGCAUGAGCUGCACCUUCCUACCCAGUCGUGCCAUUCUCAGAUACCUCCGCUUCCACCUCAAGAGGAUCCGUGAGCGUUUUCCCGGCACAGAUAUUGAGCGUUACGCCAGUUUCAUCGGGGAAUCCCUUAAGAAGACCAAGACUCGUGAGUUUGUUCCCUCUCAGGAGGAGAUCGCCGCCCUGCUGGUGAGACAGGAGAUGAGCACCACCGUCUACUGCCACGGGGGAGGCUCCUGCAAGAUCUCCAUCAAUUCACACACCACAGCUGGAGAGGUUGUGGAGAAGCUGAUCAGAGGUUUGGCCAUGGAGGAGAGCAAGAACCUGUUUUCUCUGUUUGAACACAACGCCUUCACAGACCGAGCUUUGGAGAGCAGAGUGAUUGUGGCAGACGUUCUGGCCAAGUUUGAAAGACUGGCAGGCAGCGAAGAAGAGGAGGAGGAAGGAGAAUGGAAGCUCUACUUCAAACUCUACUGCUUCUUGGAUGUGGAGAGCAUGCCAAAAGAAGGAGUGGAGUUUGCUUUCAUGUUUGAGCAGGCCCAUGAAUCUCUUAUAAGUGGUCACUUCCCUGCCUCAGAGGAGACUUUGCAGCACCUUGCCGCUUUACGUCUCCAGUAUCUCCAUGGUGAUGGGGCAGGUCGCGCCGGGUGGAGCCUGGGAAGCGUUUAUCCGAUUGGUCGUCUGCGCAAUCGCAUCCUCCACUCCACCAAGCCCGGCGUGGGGGCGGCAGGCGGAGCUGGAGGAGCUGGAGGAGGAGGACCAGGAGAUGGGAAGGGCACUGCAGGAGGUCAGGGAGUUGUUCCACCUGGGGCAGAGAAACGAAAGACCCCGAGCUUCCUGGAUGGCACCCUGAGGAGAAGCUUUAAGACUGGUUCACUGAAGAAGCAGAAGGUGGAGGAGGAGCAGAUGCUGGAGAUGUGGGUGAAGGAGGAGACGUCUGCCACACGGACCAGUGUUCUGGAGAAGUGGACCCGGCUGCAGGGCAUGCCUCAGCAUCAGGCCAUGCUUAAAUAUAUGAGCGUUAUCAAAGAGUGGCCUGGGUAUGGAUCUACUCUGUUUGAUGUGGAGUGUAAAGAGGGCGGUUUCCCUCAUGAUCUGUGGCUGAGUGUGAGUGCGGACAACGUGUCAGUGUAUAAACGAGGUGAACCUAAACCGCUGGAGACUUUCCAGUAUGAACACAUCACCUUCUUUGGGGCUUCACAGCCCUGCACCUACAAGAUCAUCGUGGAUGAGAGGGAGAUGUUCUUUGAGACGCCACUGGUUGGCGAGAUCACCAAGAUCAUGAGGGCCUACAUCAACAUGAUGGUGAAGAAACGCUGCAGCAUCAUGUCAGUAACCAGCGUCACCAGUUCCUGGGCCAGGUGAUUCCCACCAACCAGUCAGAGCCCUCGGGUUCAUACAGUGGCAACAGAUGCCUCAGCCCCCCUUGCAGUGGUUGGUUGGUUGGUUUUGAUGGAGGCAGUCGCACCAACCAGCUAAUCCUCUAGGUUGAAUCAAGGGUGUUGGAUGAUCAUCUAUGAUCAAACGGGUAAAGCAAGAUAGAAGUGGACACAGAAGCCAAACGCACACUCUACUGGCCUGGGUUUCACAUGGGAUAGGGGAUAAGGGAUCUAUUUAGAAAUGAGCAUGACAAAGAAAAACAACCUGUAUUUUGGGACGGUCUUUUCAAAUACAUAACCCCCCAGUUGUAGUCCUGCAUGUAGAUGUUCAAGCACACUCCAAACUUCUCUCCGUUUUUUUUUUCGGACAAAACUCAGUAAUAACAAGCACAACUCUGCCGCCCAGUCCCUGCCUGUCCCAGGUGGCUCCCUUCCCUCCCCCCAGUGCACUGCCAGACAGAAGAAAGCCACACUUUCUCAGUUAACUCUCUUUCUUUCUCACUCCUCCAAUUUUAGUCUCUCUCUUUCUCUUCACGUGGCCCCACUCCUGUUGCAUCUUUGUUUGGUAUUAAGUUGUAAUGCUGAAUUCUUGUUCUUGCUUGCUUUCUCUCUGUUGUUCUCUCUCUGUCGUUUAUCUGUGACAUCCGCUGUUCUUAGAUCUGUCUGUGACUGAGAAAAAGGACUCAAUGAUGAUUCUUCUUUAGGGCUACUAAAGGGAAAAUGAGCUCCCUGCCCCCACAUAGUGUUCACUUGCUCACUCAUCAGUGCCACCGUGUGGCCACAUGAAGAAAACACAGCUAAAGGAAAGUGGCUUUAAGUAUUUCUGAACAUGAUCAAAUAAUUAUUCUUGAGAAGAAAGAGUAGAGGUUUUGUUUUGGAGGCUCUCUUGUCAUGUUUAGCUUGACAUGGAGAGUGUGCAUGGUUAACAGUCUCACUUGGCCUUUACUUGAAGAACAGUAUCAACCAGAAUAUAAGACAAAACAUUUCCCUGUCUAUGUCUACAUAUAACACACGCUGCAUAUAUCUACUGUAUAUUCGUAUACAUGUACACUUAAACUGAACCAACAUUUAUCGUUUUGUACUGUAUAUCAAACGUUAUAAGAGUUAUUGUUGAAUUUGCAGUGGCCACUGCACUGUACAGUAUAUAGAUGCUAUACUAAAUGCAAUGUGACACCUCCAGUGUAAAUUACAUGCAAGUGAAUGGUGUUAAUAAUGACCACUGUAUGUCUGAAUAUGAUGCCAAUACUGUACAUUAUUCACUGGCUGUGCCAUUAAUGUGACUCACAGAGAAAUAACAAUUAAUAGUAAAAACACAGACCAUAAUGAGACUGGCUGCUAUGGUAUGUUUUCACAGUGUUUUGAUGAAUUGGUCAUUGUUGUUAUCUGUGGGACUCACUCUGCAGCAUUAAUUGGAGCCAUAAAAUACUGUAUAUCCUUGUCUGCUAUUCUCAGUUUUUCUUUACGAAGAUCAGUGACUUGAACAAUAAUGCAUAAGCGCUCCCCUUUGUCUGUGUUUCCAACCUGUUUAUGAACGUGUGAGUUUUAUUACUGAUACUAAUAUUAUUACUGUAUGCCCCCUGCUAUCUUAACCACACUGAAGUGCUGUGUCUGGAAUGCUGUUGUGUGUGUGUGUGUGUGUGUGUGUGUGUGUGUGUGUAUUUAUGGUGUAAUCCAAAACGUUGGAAAAGAAAAGAGAAAUGAAAAAAGAGAAUUGGUUUUACUGUGUGUAUUUCUUGGAAAUAAGACGUAUUUACAUGACUAACCUUUCCCAAGAAUGAUGUUGUGAUUGUGAGUUAAGGGGAAAAGCAUGGGAUUUCAAGGGAGGGUUUUGGGGUAAUUUAUUUCGUAUUGAACUGUAUGUAAUUGCAAGGUAUGUUUGGGAGGAUAAUGUAUUAAAAAUAUAAUGGAUUUUUUAAGGCUCAGUGUAAGAGGAGAUGAGACGCUGUGAGGAUGUGGGAUCAGAAAUGGUUUAAUUGUGCACUGGGAAUGCUGAUUAUGCUUUGUGUGCGUGUGUGUGUGUGUGUAUGUUUUGAACUGAAGGGGAAGUCACUGUAAUGUUAACAUCACAUUACUCUGUGGCACUUCAGUUAGAUGGCAGCAUCCCUCAUGUGUAACACCUAGAGGACAAAAAUGUUUCCCCACAUCAAAUAUCCAGGGGGAACACUUAAAUAUGUCUAACAGCUACACACGGUCCAAAUAUAAUUUAGUUAACUAGUUUCUGUGUCAAUAAUAAUUUCAAUAUUUGCCCUGAAAACAGUUAUGGUUUGCUGCUUUUCAGGACAGAUAUUUAAGUGAAGUUGAACUUGUUGAACUUGUAAGGUGAAAUUGUCUACUGUCUAUCUGGAGUGCCACGUACAGGGCCUGAAGCCAGGAUAUUAGAAACACUGAGGUCAUAAGUCCAAAUGAGUCAGUGAAAACAAACUAUAUAAUUUGGAUCUUCCUUCUGUUAAGUUAUGUUGUCAAAAGAUUUUAUUUCCCAACAUGGUCUAAAUACUGUGUCAAGACCUCCCACAUUACCUGGAAUAAAACUUGGCUUGCAAAUAUUCAAAUUUAAAUAUAUAUUUAGUCUAAAAUUACAGGAAUCAGCCUAUUAAAGUAUCCGUGUAUAUGUUUUUCCUUUACUACCAUUUCGAAAGUUCCCAAAUUAUUAGAAAAAAUACCAAGGACAUGCCCUCAGUGUCUUCAAUGGUAGCUGGCCUGGCUGCAUACACACAGCUCACUGGGAUCCUCCUGCCUAUAGAGUUAAAAUAAGCAGAACUCCCUCACAGGUUCCACUUUGUACUUUUGGUUAUUUUAGUUUUGGCUAAAAUGAGAGGCGAACCAGAGAAAGCAACCCAUAAGCCAUAAUUAACGAGGAACCUGGAGCUGUCUGUUCUAGUUAUUCUAUAUCUAUGGUUCUGUCUGUCACUGAUAUUACACUGAGUUGGAAGAAGUUGCCCCAUAGUUGCUGAAAUGUGAUUCAUGUGGAUACUAAACAGAACAAUGAAAUGAAAAUCAGAUUUUGACGUAUCUGAUCGCAAAUCUGUUUCCAAGGGCAACUUCAUCACAGAGGGUCCUGUUAUCAGCCGCAGGCGGCCAGAGUGGGGCCCAUUCUUAUCUCAUGUUAUGCUUAUUAUCAUCAUUACAUAGUAAAACAUACUGUGCUUGUUUAAAAAAAAAGAGAAAGAGAGAGAUAUGUGUGUUGUACCUUUUUAUUUGUAACUGGCUUUACAAAAUUAUGCUUUAAUAAAUUAUUGGAAUUAUUGUCCUCAA